AUGGAGUUUCUAUCCAACUAUACGGGCUGCUUGUCCAAUUGGAGUCUCAACCUCCAGCCGGGGUUGCAGACGGUCGGAGCUCUGGUUCUCCUCACCACCGGCGGAUUGUUCGUCGCCUGCAGGGCCUUUACCUUCCUCCGGGUUGUUCUUAGUCUCUUUGUAUUUCCAGGGAAGCCACUCCGUUCCUUCGGCCCCAAAGGCAGCUGGGCCGUGGUUACGGGUGCAUCGGAUGGACUAGGCAAGGAAUUCUCUCUGCAGCUCGCGCGCGCCGGCUUCAACAUCCUUCUUGUUUCACGGACUGCGUCGAAAUUGACCGUCUUGGCGGACGAGAUCGCUUCCAAGAACCCCGGCGUCCAGACCAAGACGCUGUCUAUGGACUUUGCGCAGAACCUCGACGCGGACUAUGCGAAGUUGAAAGAAGUCGUUGAAUCCCUCGACGUGGCCGUGUUGAUCAACAAUGUCGGCAAAAGCCAUGGCAUUCCUACCCCAUUCGCCCUGACAUCGGAAGAGGAGAUGAAGGACAUCAUCACGAUUAACUGCCACGGAACACUGCGCGUCACGCAGCUCAUCGUGCCCGGCAUGAUCCAACGCCGACGCGGCCUGAUACUGACCAUGGGCUCUUUCGGAGGCCUCCUCCCCACGCCGCUUCUGGCUACGUAUUCGGGCAGCAAAGCAUUCCUGCAGCAGUGGUCAUCGGCUCUUGGAUCGGAACUCGAGCCGUACGGAAUCACCGUCGAGCUUGUCCAGGCUUACCUGAUCGUCUCUGCUAUGUCGAAGAUUCGCAGGGCGAGCGCUGCGAUUCCCGACCCGCGGUCCUUCGUGAAGGCUGUCCUUUCCAAGAUUGGUCGCAACGGAGGCUCGCCUACCUAUGCAUACAGCUCGUCGCCGUACUGGAGCCAUGGCGUCAUGGCGUGGUUCUUGACCUGCAUCACGGGAACGAUGAACAAGUUUGUUGUUGGCCAGAAUAAGGGGAUGCAUGAGUCUAUUCGGAAGCGCGCAUUGCGGAAGGCCGAGCGUGAGAGGGGGAAGAAGAGUGCAUAG